AUGACGACCCCAGGCUCGCCACCCAUCCCAAAGGGUGCACUCACACCAACAACCACCCCUGGCCUCUCCAAAAAGUACCUCAGCCUCCUCCCCAAGCUCCCCAUCCCAUCCCUUGCCGACUCGUGUCGCCGCUACAUUGAUGCUCUUGCGGGUCUCCAGGACGACGACGAGCACGCAAAGACAAAGGCCAUCGUCAACGAUUUCCUCAAUUCGGGCGAGGGUGCCGAAUGGCAAGCAAAGUUGCAGAGUUACAACCAGAAUGUCGACAGCUACAUUGAGGAGUUUUGGUACGAGUCGUACCUCUCGCACUCGGACUCUGUGGUGCUCUCGCUCAACCCUUUCUUCGUGCUGUCGUCGGACGUGACCCCUCGCAACGACCCCCAGCUGUCCCGCGCGUCGUCGCUCAUCCUCUCGUCCCUCCUCUUCAUCCACGACCUGCGUAACGGCAUGCUCAAGCCCGACAUGGUGCGCACCACCCCUCUCGACAUGAGCCAGUACGAGCGCCUGUUCGCCACCUCUCGUGUCCCCACCGAGCUCGGAUGCCGCAUGGAAUCUUACGAGGACUCGAGGCACAUUGUGGUCAUCCGCCGCGGCCAGUUCUACUGGUUCGAUGUCGUCGACGCCAAGAACAGGCCGAUGCUCACGGACCGCGAGAUCCUGUCCAACCUGCAGGGCAUUGUGGCCGACGCCGACAAGACUCCCAUCAACGAGACUGGCGCCAACGCAGUCGGUAUCCUGACCACCGAGAACCGCAAGAUCUGGUCGUCGUUCCGCCAGGAGCUCAAGGAAUCGAACAGGAGCAACGCAAAGUCGCUGGCCAUCGUCGAGUCGGCCCUGUUUGUCGUCUGCCUCGACGAUGCCGAGCCUGCCGACGUCGGAGAGCUCUGUGCCAACUUCCUCUGUGGUGGUUACCGCCUCGAGCACGGUAUCCAGGUCGGUACCUGCACCAACCGCUGGUACGACAAGCUCCAGAUUAUCGUGUGCUCGAACGGCGAAGCCGGUGUCAACUUUGAGCACACUGGUGUGGACGGCCACACUGUCCUGCGCUACGCUGCGGACAUUUACACCGAGCUGGUUCUACUGUUUGCAAAGUCGAUCAACCCUUCCACCCCGUCGCUCUUCAAGGCCAAACUGUCGCCCUUCGCCAAGGGCUCCAAGACGCCUCGCGAGUCGGACGACGUCGAGUGCGAGGCCGACACCAGCCCCAAGAAGCUCAUCUGGCGCUUGACUCCGGACCUCAAGGCCGGUGUCCGUUUCGCCGAGACGCGUAUCUCGGACUUGAUCUGCCAAAACGACUCCAAGGCCCUCGAGUUCCGCGGCUACGGCGGCAACUUUAUCAAGCGCCACGGCUUCUCGCCCGAUGCGUUCGUCCAGAUGGCCUUCCAGGCGGCCUACUAUUCGCUCUACGGCCGCGUCGAGAGCACAUACGAACCCGCCAUGACCAAGCAGUUCCUCCACGGCCGUACCGAGGCCAUCCGUACCGUCUCGACCGCCUCGGUCAAGUUUGUCAAGACCUUCUGUGACGAGAGCGCCACAGCCGAGCAAAAGGUUGCCGCCCUCCGUGCCGCGUGCAAGCGUCACUCGGAACUGUCGCGCGAGUGUGGCGCGGGACAAGGCCAGGACCGUCACUUUUACGCCCUCAACUCGCUCGUCCAGCGCGAGGUCGCCCGCGCCGAGGAGGCCGGCACCCCCGCCCCCAAGGUUCCCGCCAUCUUCACCGACUCGGCGUACAGCACGCUGGGCUCGAGCGUCCUCUCGACCUCCAACUGCGGUAACCCCGCUCUCCGCCUGUUCGGUUUCGGCCCCACCCACCCAGAGGGCUACGGUAUCGGCUACAUUAUCAAGGACGAAGGCAUCUCAGUGUGCAUGUCGUCCAAGCACCUCCAGACCCGCCGCCUGCUCAAGACCCUCGAGGCGUACCUGCGUGAAGUGCGCGUGCUCCUUAUCCAGCUCUGGCGCGAGGCCAACACCCGCCCGGAGGCGUUCAUGGACCAUUCGGGCGUCAUGCGCGACGCGCGCACCGGCCGCCGUCUGUCCGACAACGAGGUCGACGGCGUUGACGACGGUGCCGACGGCGAAGACGAGGCCCUCUUCACUGGUUUCGGCUACUUUGACGUUUUGCCCGCUGUCGAGCAGCAGACGAAGCGUCGCAGGCCGACAGUUGGCAAGAUGAUCCCCACGGACAUGUAUCUGUUGGAAAGGUGA